GUAUUUGCUGCUCGUGAAAAAAAAAGAAAAAUGCUGGAAGAAAGAGCAAAUGAAGAGAAGCGACGUGCUGCAGAAGAAAUGCUAGCAGCUGUUGAAAAAAGGAAAAGAGAGGAAGAAUUCGCUAAAAACUAUGAGGAAUCACGCGAUGAACGUCGCGGUACCUGGAGGCAAUUCAUGGCCAAGAAAGCAAAGAAGGAAGGCGAAGGAAAAUCACUGAAAGGAACAUCAUUCAAGCCGCCGAAAAUCAAGCUCGAAACUAGCGGGAAGUAG